AUGUCUUCCACCAACACCAAUCUCUCAACUCAGCUCCAGUCACCAGACCAACUACUCUACCUCUGCGAAGUGGUGCAAAAGUCGGAGGACUACGCUCGGCUGCAUCACCUCCUUGCAUAUUGUCGCGAUGCUGCUCCGCCUAGUGUCCAGCAAAGCGAUACAGUGGUAAAGUGCCUAGCGGUGCUAGCGCUGCUGGAGGGCCGCUAUCAGGAUGUCUUUGCCAUCCUUCAGACACGUUACUUCGCACCACGUCAUCAUGCGCGGUUGCAGGAGUUGUGGCUACGCGGUCACUACGAGGAAGCUGAGCAAGCACGAGGCUGUUCACUGAGCGCGGUGGGGCGCCAUCGCCUGCGGAAGAAGCAUCCUCUACCACCUACCAUCUGGGAUGGGGAGGAAACAAGCUACUAUUUUAAAGAGAAGUCGCGAAGGCUGUUGCGUCAACAGUACGCAGAGAAUCCCUACCCUUCGCAGUGGGAGAAGAAGGAGCUUGCAAGACGCACCGGUCUCACUGCUGUGCAAGUCUCCAAUUGGUUUAAGAACAGACGACAACGGGAUCGAACAGGAGAGUGCCUUUCACCGGCUUCGUCAAAGUGA